AUGGCGAGCAGUCAGGGAGGGAUGUAUUACGGUCCCUUCCGCGGACCCCUGUACGGGCAGGGCGCGAUAGGAGUGGUCGACCCUUUCCUCGGCGUCGCCCGAUCCGUCGCCGUCGUGCCCACCGUCAGCUUCGGCGGCGUGCCCCGGGUCUUCCCGACCGGCCCGGCCGGCGGUAUCGUCGGCCCUUACGGCCGUCCCGGGCCCUCCGUCGUCGGCGCGAGCCGCACCGUCGUGGCCGGCGUGAACCGCCCGGGGGCCGGCGUGAACCGCCCGGGCGGCAGGGGACUGCUACGGACCUCGACGAUCGUGUGA